AUGAUGAGUGACUAUGAAUUGGAUAGAGAGACUAAGGUAUUAUUCGCUGCUUAUUUUGCUGAAUAUGAAGAAUUGAAAAGGCAUUAUUUCGGCCCUGAUGAUGAUGAUGAUGAUGAUUUGGACGUAGCAUUGAUGUUUGGUGUAUGGAGAGAUUUGGAGUUUGCUAAGGCUUUAUAUAAAGACGAUCAAAUCGCUAAAGAUUGUUUCGUAAUGGAUGCAAUUGCAGAAAAAUUCGUAAUGAAUAACAUAAUAAUCGAUGAAUUGAUAAUAAAAUACAGACCAUCGAUGAUUUGGGACCCUGAAACUCCAACCAAAGAAACAUGUAGGAUAUUAAUCGACAAGUUCAGAGAAUACAUACAGGAACCUUUAGCAUCCCUAUGUAUUGUUAAAAACUGGAACGACCUUUACAUUGAAUUAAAACCGAAAGACGGAUCUAAUCACUGUGAAAGUUCUGAUAAUUUGGAAUUUCGGAAGAGACAGAAACAUUUUGGGUAUUAUAAGAGAAUAAGCAUUGAACCUAGAUACUACUACGAUUAUGUAGAAAACAAAGAAAUAACUGGUGGUUAUCUUGAUGCCUUACGAGGCGAAGAGUACAUGAAUGGGAAAUUCAUAGAUAACGGAUAUAUAUAUUCCAUGAAAAAGUUGAAUAAAGACUUUUUGGAAAUUUGA